UCUUUAGUGGCGUUAUGUGCUUUGCAAAGCUUUUACUGCUUAAUUUUGAUUUCUUAUUUGAUUGAUCAAUUGGUUUAAUGGUAUGUACCAUGUUUUUGGAAAAUUAGCUGCCUAUACAAGCAGAUAUAAUCAUGCCCUAACUCUUUCUUGAUGCCUAUACACAUCAGUUUAUUGUUUCCUGGAUAACAAAUAACUGUGGUUUCAUUGGAACAUGAGCAAUCAUCGAACCGUCUAGAUUUUCAAGCUAACUGAGGUGUAGUAGGAGGAUGUAUAAAUAUAAUUAUUGAUGCUCUUUCUUAUGACUCAUGAAUUGAUACUUUUGAUUGAGUCUAACUUGAUGCCUCAGAUCAAGUGGUUCAUUGCUUUCUUAGUAUUAAAAAUGUAAUUUCUUUUCAACUAGUGUUAGACCUUGAGGAAUGCAAUCCUGUGGCAACACUAAUAGCAUCCAAAUGUCUAGACCUUUUGAGGUGCUUUUACGUGUCAAUAAUCUCAAUUGUUAAUGAAAUUGUUUACUUUCUGCACUUCUGAAAAUUUGUGGAUAUACCGCAAGUAUGCAAAGAAAGUGUCAACUGGCACAUUCAAGGUUCUUGGAAUUCAAUAUUUUUUGUCUUGAGUUUCAUUUGAAUCAAUUUUGCCUAUUGCUUAUUCUAGCCUAUGAUAGUCCUCUUUGUCAUUUAUUUUCUCAUAGCUUAUAUUUUGACUGGGAGCAUUUUAGGAUUAAUGUUUCAAAUGGCAAAUGCAUCCCUUGUGGACUCUGAGAACUUGAUUGAAACUCUCUCUCAAUGGUUUGGAAUGCAUGUCUCUAGUUGAUAAGACUGCUUGCUUGGCUCAAAUAUGAGUACAUGUGCAAUAUGCCUGACAGCCAUGAAAGCAGGACAGGGCCAUGCCAUUUUUACUGCAGAAUGCUCGCACUCUUUUCACUUCCAUUGUAUUACCUCUAAUGUAAAACAUGGGAACCAGAUUUGUCCAGUUUGCAGAGCAAAGUGGAAAGAAAUCCCCUUCCAAAACCCGGCUUCUGAUAUUUCCCACGGAAGGCAAAGAAUUAAUGCGGUAGGUUGGCCCCGGGAUGAUACCUGGAUGACUGUUCUAAGACGGCUACCUCCUGCUCGGCUUGAUACAAACCGGCAUAUCCCAUCACUUUAUCAUGCCCAAGAACCACCUAUCUUUGAUGAUGAUGAAACCUUAGACCAGCAACAUGUGAUUGCUGAGAGAGACGUGUCUAUUAUAGAUGGUGUAGGUGAUCCCAAUUCUGUGGGAACAAUAGAGAUCAAAACAUAUCCAGAAGUUUCAGCUGUUUCAAGAUCAGCCUCUCAUGAUAAUUUCACUGUACUAAUACAUCUUCAGGCUCCCGUUACAAGUGGAAGGCAUAGUGGCAGCAGUAAUAAUGCUGAAUUGCCACAAAUGUCUCAAAAUUCUCGUGCUUCAGUUGAUCUUGUUACAGUGCUUGAUGUUAGUGGUAGCAUGGCAGGAACAAAGCUUGCUUUGCUAAAACGAGCUAUGGGGUUUGUGAUUCAGAAUCUUGGCCCCUCUGACCGACUUUCUGUCAUUGCCUUCUCAUCCACAGCCCGUCGCCUUUUUCCUCUUCGUCGCAUGACUGAGGCUGGAAGGCAGGAGGCAUUACAGGCUGUUAAUUCUCUGAUCUCUAAUGGUGGGACAAACAUUGCAGAAGGCCUAAGAAAAAGUGCCAAGGUGAUAGUAGAUCGGAAGUGGAAGAAUUCAGUUGCCAGUAUCAUUCUAUUAUCUGAUGGACAGGAUACAUAUACUGUCACCAGUCCUAAUGGAACGCAUCCUAGAGCUGAUUACAAGUCACUUCUCCCAAUAUCAAUUCAUCAGAAUCGUGGCACAGGUUGUCAGAUUCCCGUGCAUUCAUUUGGGUUUGGCACAGACCAUGAUGCUGCCUCAAUGCAUUCAAUUUCUGAGAUAUCUGGGGGCACAUUUUCAUUCAUAGAAGCUGAGGGUGUUAUUCAGGAUGCAUUUGCACAGUGCAUUGGAGGGCUCCUGAGUGUGGUAGUGCAGGAGCUACAGGUCAAAGUCGAGUGUGUUCACCGGAAUUUGCAUAUUGGUUCUAUAAAGGCAGGUAGUUAUCGAACCAGUAUCACGGGCAAUGCAAGAAUGGGUACUGUCGAUGUUGGAGACCUAUAUGCGGAAGAAGAAAGAGAUUUUCUAGUGACAAUUAAUAUUCCAGUUGAUAGGUCGAUUGAUCAGAUGCCACUGCUGAAGGUCGGAUGUGUAUACAGAGAACCAAUUACAAAAGAUGCGGUGACUUUGGAGGGAGCUAGUCAAGUCUGGAUACAAAGGCCUGAAAUAAUCGGAGCACAAGUAGUGUCAAUGGAAGUAGAUAGGCAGCGAAGUAGGAUUCAUGCAGCAGAGGCAAUGGCUGAAGCUAGAGUUGCUGCUGAAAAUGGUGAUCUAGCUCGUGCAGUCUCUGUCUUGGAGAGCUGUUACAAGUCGUUGUCGGAAACUGCAUCUGCACAGACUGGUGACAGAUUAUGUGUUGCAUUAUGUGCUGAGUUGAAGGAAAUGCAAGAAAGGAUGGCAAACCGUCAGGUAUACGAGACAUCUGGAAGGGCUUAUGUCCUAUCAGGUUUGAGCUCACACUCAUGGCAGAGAGCAACUGCACGAGGUGAUUCCACUGAUAGUACAAGCCUUGUGCAAGCUUACCAAACUCCAUCCAUGGUUGAUAUGGUAACUCGGUCUCAGACUAUGUUGUUAGGGAACCCAUCAUCUCAUCGAAAACUCCGGCAAGCUCUGUCAUUCCCAGCUGCUAGACCACAACCAAGGUAACUGGCAGCAUUAUCUUUGAAAGUUCUCCUCACCCUACAUUCAUCUAUUCUAUAUCCAAGAACCUUUUUGUCUGCUUAAUUUUUGUUUUUUUUCAUUUUUUUUACUCUUUUGUUGUUUGGAAAUCGGGCUAUAUUGGAAGAGAGGGAUUUGGUUUUAAAAACUGUGGGGUAUAUUUCCUUGUUGUACUUAUGUAAAUGAAUAAGAAAUUGGGGGGGGGGGGGGAAGAUGGGGGAGAGAUAGCUGAGAUGAGUUUAAGAGAAAGAAUGGUAAAACGAAAAGGUGGGGUUAGGGUUUUACAUAGUCCAAUUAUGGGUGGAUGUACAUAAGGAAAAUUGGUGUUUUUUUUCUUUUCCUAAGAGGAAAUGGGGUAUAGCCAUGUAACUGUGGGGAUACUUGAGUGAAUUCUUCUCUUCAAUAUAUGAUAUGAAAUAUCUGCUCUUGAUUCUUUUCAA